AUGAAUUGGACAGGCGGCCAGCUGCAGCGUCAUCACAAUCGCUCAGGCCUAUUGACCAAAGCUCAGAAGCAGAAUUUCGCCAGGUCGAGACUCCAAAAGGGCACGGUCAUUCCCCCGCCUUCGCCAUUCCGAAACUUCCCUGAUAUUGGAUUCAAGGGCUCGAGCACUAGGGACAAGGAUGAGGAGGCAGAGACAAAUGGAAAUCAAACUGUUGAGACUGCUUCGACUUUGCUUCCGCCAAUCCGUGUGGGUGUCCUCGUACUAACUCAUGAUCGUGCUGAUUCAAGAGUUACGGAAGAGCCGGCCUCACAUUUGACUGGUGGUCGCUCCUCUCAUAGUGGCAAUGACUUGACCGAGGUCAAGCGCCAACUGCUGAAAGAACCUGAUUGGGCAGCCGUGUCUGCCACACGUCCACUCGAGCUUUCAUUUACAUCUGUGGAGGAAGUCGAGCGGUUUGGGAAGCGACGAAAGCUAAAUGACGAGGACAGAAAACGGCUGGUAGCAGCUAACAACAAUGGGUCUACGUUUUUUGAGCGACUUAGACCCCCAAAAAGAGGCAGAAAUUCAUCCUCGGUGAUCGAUACUAUUGAAGAAGAUAUCCAGUAUAAGAUCAACGGACGACCAGUGGCGCGAUCCAAUGACAGCUCGGGGGUGGUCAUGAACAGCAUGUCAUCACAGUCAAUGCUACUUGACCAUGAAGGAUCUCCUAUUGUGGAACAGGACCUGGGGAAAGAGAACCUGACAGCUACCUGGAUUACCAAUCUGUUUCCCCGUUCGCAAUGA